UAAAUGGAAAUCCGAGCAAGCUCCACCGUUGCUGUUAACAGAGGGGUGGCUAGUGCCCUGACGUGCGUCUCAAGGAAGUCUGAAGUUACAGUGUGGCUUGUUAAUUGAUUCUUUGUAACCGGGAUAACGCUAUCAGGAAUGAGUGAGGACAUGAGCAUGUAUUGUGUCACCCUCAAUGGACCGGCUCCCUGGGGAUUUAGACUCCAAGGGGGCAAGGACUUCAACAUGCCCCUAACUGUGUCAAGGCUGACCCCUGGAGGCAAGGCCGCCCAGGCCGGAGUGGGUGUAGGCGACCUUGUGGCGUCCAUUGCUGACUCCAACGCUGAGGAGAUGACCCAUGUGGAGGCACAGAACAUGAUCAGAGCAGCCACGGACUCACUCACCCUCACCCUCCACAGAGCUCUCGCUCCUGGGCAAGAACAGAAGGACUCGCUUGCUCCUGCCUCCAGUCUGCCCAAGUACUCAUUUGCCCCCAGCACGGCCAUAAACAAGAUGGCACGGCCGUUCACGCCAGGGGGCGGCACAGCGGGCACGGGCCCCGUCAUCAAGCCUGUGUCGUAUAAGCUUAACUCGGGCACUAGCAUGUCACAACCACACAAUGGUCAUGGGCCAGCAUCAUCUCCCUCUAAAGCCAAACCUGCAGAGAGACCGGAGGCAGUUCCAGCAGCGACUCCUGCUCCCAAGCCGCCCGCUGGGCCGCGGGCCCCCUCUGCGCGCCCCCCGUGGGUGACGGACCCCGACUUCGCCGACCGCUACGCCCCGGACAAGACGAGCACGGUGCUGACGCAGCACACGCAGCCGGCGGAGCCCACGCCCAUGCAGAACCGCAGCUCCAUCCUGCAGGCCGCCCAGCAGGGGCCCAACGCCACCGGGGGCGCUGGAGGCAACGGCCGCACCCCACUCUGCGGUGCCUGCAACAAGGUCAUCAGAGGUCGCUAUGUGGUAGCGCUGGGUCGUUCCUGGCACCCGGAGGAGUUCACCUGCUGUCAGUGUAAAGUGCUUCUGGACGAGGGAGGCUUCUUCGAGGAGAGAGGCUCGGUGUACUGCACCAAGUGCUACGACAACCGCUACGCUCCCAAUUGUGCCAGAUGUAAAAAGAAGAUCACAGGGGAGAUCAUGCACGCCCUGAAGAUGACCUACCACGUCCAGUGCUUCCUGUGUGCCGCCUGCAAGGCGCCCAUCAGGAACCAGGCCUUCUACAUGGAGGAGGGGGAGCCCUACUGUGAAAGAGAUUAUGAGAAGAUGUUUGGCACUAAAUGCCACGGCUGCGACUUCAAGAUUGAUGCGGGGGAUCGGUUCCUGGAGGCGCUGGGCUACAGCUGGCAUGACACGUGCUUCGUGUGCGCCCUCUGUCAGAUUAAUUUGGAGGGGAAGACGUUCUACUCCAAGAAGGAUAAGCCACUGUGUAAAAGCCAUGCCUUCUCGCCUGUGUGAGCUGACAGCAUCAGAAGGGUUUGGCGGGGUGGUGGUGGUGGGUACUGUUUGGGGCUCGGUGGGGACGCACAGCGAUGGCCGAUGGCCCCCUUCCCUCGCAUUGACCGGUUCACCCCACCUCACCCAACACUCUCUUCUGCUCAAAUGAACCAACAGUAUUUAUGAAACCUUUCUUUUCUAUAGAGCAGCCUUCACACCGUCGUACACUCACAUAUUCUUGUUUUUCGUUUUGCACCAGAAUUUUUGGUCACUCUGUGACACUCCAGUUAUGCAUCUCUUUCAGCAAAAAAACAAAAACAAAAUUGCUCUAUUUCUCGCGCUCAUCCUCGCUCUCGGCGCUCCUAGUUUUGUUGAGAUUCCCAGAUGAAAGUUGAGUCUGAAAGGAGCCCUCUCUGCUCACUAGCCACCCAACACUACACAAGUGGAGCGUGAAAAACAAACCUUGCUAAUGGGCCUCCGCCUCCAGGCUCCUCAUCGCACCUGAACUUCCUCCACCUCUUUACCCUCUCAUCAGCACCGCUCGGGAGACACACACACACACACACACGCACAUACACACACACACCCUCACACUAGCCUUUUUGUGUGUGUGUGUGAGAGUAUGUGGUGUGAGGGUCUUCACUGGAUUGUCCCCAUGUUAAUCCUCCCUCGGGAGGAGGCCUAGAAAGGCUAUUGUGGUGGGCCACUGAGCGUGUGGCAGUAAGUGGGGCCACUGCUUUAGUGUUUGAUGUAUAUUAUUAGACUUCUGCGAGCCCUUCCCUGGCCCUCUAGACUUCAGACUUUAGCCCCCCCACCCCCCCAUCCCUACUUAGCCCACGCUUCAUAUGCGUGUCUUGAGUACUCAGGGUAAUGGGGGAGCCACUGAGGAAUAAAAUGCAUCUGGUAAACAGUGCAUUAGCACUGAUUACGUGCAUCUUGAGUUGACCUCGGCGGCGGCACGCACCAUGCCUCCCAUGUUAAAUAUCCAGGAGUGAUUCCAUUCAUAUUCAAUGAGGAAGUGUAAUUAGAACCAGCAGUAAACAAAAAAAAGGUUCAAAUAUAUAAAAAAGUAAGGCCCUCCCAUUAGAGACUAGAGAUGAGGGAGUGAGUGCGGACGGUCACUGUGUGGAGACUAGGAGUGUGUGGACGAUCAGGAGACUAGGAGUGUGUGGACGAUCAGGAGACUAAGUGUGCGGACGGUCAGGAGACUAAGAGUGUGCGGACGGUCACUCUGCGGCGACUAAGAGAGUGUGGUGCAGCUGAGCAGCAGCUCUGCUAAGAAGAGAGCGCCCCCCCCCCCCACAUCAGGGGUCAUCAGCAGGGCAAGACUGGCGUCAGAGACAGAAAGGGAAUUUGUGUUGUUGUUGUUGUUGUUGUGGAGGUGCACGGUGUGUUUGUUAAAGAUGAAUGAAGUGACACAAAAAGGGGGAAAUGUUAUUAAUAGGACAGUACGGAGGAAGUAAGAGGUGUUUUAUAUGUGUGUGUGUGUGUGUGUGUGUGUGUAUAAUGGGUUCUGUAAGAGGUAGAUGAGAGGGACACCAGAUUAGUAGCAGUGGUGGUUCAGCGGCGGCUAUCGUGGAAAAAAAAAAAAAAAUCAGACGAUGGUCAGCUUGUCGCAGCUCAGGAAAGGUCACCUUGUUUGCACGCGCCAAGGUCGGCUUGUUUGCACUGCCCACACUAUCCAUCACCCUUAGGCUGCCCGCUGGUGAUCAUUCGCCGGAGAGGCGGACACGCACCAAUCAGGGGGCUGGAGCUGAACCCUUCACUAGUGGUUCUGGCUGACGCUCUCUUUAUCUCCUUUAAGAGGUGGAUUGAGUGGAGAGACUCCAUAGUGCUUCUGAGAAGCUGAAAGCCAUUCGCUCUGGCGCACGCUAUACUCACUCCUUUUCAUCCUCCUCAAUGUUUCUUUUUCUCAUUUUGGUUAUUUUUUGGUUUUGCCAUUUGUUUUGUAUGAACUUCUUAACUGUACCAAGUGCCUUUUGAAAAGCUUUAUAAACGAUUGUUAUGCAUUUAUUAAAAUACUGCUGUAUUCAUAUGUACAUGCUUGACAUUUUUUUUUAUGUUUGCAUAAGAAUGACUCAUGCAUAGAGGGUACCCUCUAUAAAUUAUUAUCUAUGUUAGAGCUUUGUAAUCAAUAAAUAUUGUACAAUA